AUGAAAUCCGUGACGGGCAUGACUGCUAACCGGGAAAAAGAAGUGGAGAAGAUGGAGGAUGAAGUUCCAGUUGGCACAUUAAAUUACGACGGAGAAGAAGACCCGGAUAUUGCAGAACUUGUUAGUCAUACGUUUGUGGCGCCUGAAGAGGAGAACGAAGUGAGUAAAGCAAAGGAUGCGAAUUUGCGGGAAGAAAGUGAGGAUUGGUACGACAUUACGGACCCACGUAACAAAAUGAACCAACGAAGACGAGCUGUACAGUGA